AAAGUCUCCCUCCCUCCAGUGGGCUGUUUCAUUCGCCUUUUGCGCUCCCCACCACAGCUCCAGAGGCCCCGACUCCCCUCUCCACGCCCGUCCGGGCAAGGGCCGCUCCAUGCCCAGCACGGGGCCGCGAGGCCGCCGGCCGCCCGCUCUCUCGAGCGCUUCGGUCCAGCCCCCAAGCUCAGGACGCUCUCCGGCGCCCGCGUCCCCGCGCCGCUCCGCCGACCCCGGCACACCCCGCGCUCCCAGACGCCUCGAGUCCUCGUUCUCCGUCGAGGCUAUCCUAGCCAGGCCCGCCCGCCGCGCGCCCACCGCCUCCCCGGGGCCCGUCUCCGUCAGCGCCGCCCCGGGCCUCUGGACCGCUCCCUCCCGGUUUCCGGCCCCGGUGCUGCCCUGGGCACUCCCGGCGACGUGGCUGCCAGCCUACCUGAGCCCUCCUGUGUCUGGGCUCCGCGUGGCCCACUUCUGCGGCCUCCAGCGCUUCGGCGUCCCAGGUGUGGAGCUGGCUCACCACUCAGGCCUCUGGGGUCCCCUGGACUGGGCUCCAGCCAAGGACCUUCAGGAUACUGAGAGACCCCAAAAGAGGGUUCGAACUAUGUUUAAUUUGGAGCAGCUAGAAGAGUUGGAGAAAGCGUUUGCACAACAGCACAAUCUAGUGGGGAAAAAGAGAGCCCAGCUGGCAGCACAGCUCAACCUGACAGAGAACCAGGUGAGGGUCUGGUUCCAAAACCGCAGGGUCAAGUAUCAGAAGCAGCAAAGGCUGAAACUGCCAGCCACGUCUGCCAUGGCUGCCUCUCUGGACGAGCCCUCCAGCAGCUCUGAUACCAGCAUCCAGAGAGAAGAUGCUGAUUCGGGAGUGGACAGCUGAGGACUGGGACAGAGGUUCAACCCAGGCUCUCUGGGCUGUUUUUUCUGCGACACCCAGUGGACUCUCCUGGCCCAUAUUUUGAUGAAGAGUCUCAUUAGGGUCAAAGGGCACUAGGGGAAUCUGUACUAUCAAUCAGUGGCCUCCUUUA